AUGAGCAAACGAAAACGAAUAACAACUGUUAUCCGUGGUGCAGCAGCCAUGCCUAGCACCACCGCAAUCACCAACACGAGCAAUCGUGCUGCUGCUGUGCCGCCUCGACCUAGGCGUCGAGAGCGUCAAAACUCUCUGCUGGUAUGGCUUGAUACCGAUUUCGACGAAUCCAAAGACAAUUAUAAAAUAUCAACACAACAUUUACGAAAUAUUUUAGAAACAGUGACAACAUUUACAGACAUUGAUGAAUGUAUUGAUUUUCUAAGUGAUAUUGAAAAUGAAAAUGUAUUUAUGAUCAUCUCUGGUGCCCUCGGACAACAUCUAAUACCGGUAAUUCAAGAAUGCUCACAAUUAACUUCCAUUUAUGUUUUAUGUGACAAUCAAUCGACUCACCAGGAAUGGACCAAAACAAUACCUAAGGUAAAAGGUGUGUACACACAAAUUGAACCGAUUUGUGACGCAUUACAAAUCGAUCAAGAAAAUUGUGAUCGAGCUAUGAUCUCGAUAAGUUUUAAUAGAAUCGAUCCAUUAUUUAUGUAUACACAAUUGUUAAAAGAAGCACUUUUGGAAAUAGAAGAUGAUGAUGUAAAAUCGAUUAAGGAACUCGUUGAAUACUGUCGUCUGCAAGACGAUGUUUCCAAAACAACGCUUGACAAGAUCGAACGAGAAUAUUGUAAUCAUUCACCCAUUUGGUGGUACACAGGUCCAUAUUUUAUCUACUCAAUGCUCAAUUAUGGUCUUCGACAAAUGGAUGUUGAUAUUAUCCAGAAGAUGGGUUUCUUCAUCCGACAUCUACAUCAGCAUAUUACCGAACUACAUCGCGAACAAAAAGCCAGCAUGCCAACAAAUUUUCAAGUCUUUCGUGGACAAGGUUUGUCCAUGGAAGAUUUUGAAAAAAUGAAAAAAACCAAAGGAGGACUUAUGUCCUUCAAUAACUUCCUAUCGACAAGUCGCAAUCGCGAGAUAUCUUUCAGAAACUUUGCACGACCAGCAGCAUUAAAUACAAAUUCAAUUGGUAUUCUCUUCGUUAUGAACAUUGACACGGCUAUUUGCACAAAAUCCUCAACACCAUUUGCUGAAGUAAGCAAAGUUGGCUACUACAAAGGUAAAGAGGAAGAAAUACUCUUUUCAACACAUGCGAUUUUUCGUAUCGAUCGCAUUGAACAAAUUCACGAUAAUCACUCUGAUCGGCUAUACAAAGUCACUCUCACUAUUGUCGGUAAUGACAAUCAUGAAUUGAACACACUUACAGCACAUCUGCGAGGAGAGUCCACUUGGGCAACAGGAUGGGCUCGAUUUGGUCACAUACUUAUUAAACUUGGUGAGCCUGAAAAAGCACAACAACUCUAUCAGAUCCUCAUUGAAAAGGCACCUUCUGAUAAAGAUCGAGCGGAAUACAAUCAUCAACUUGGCUGGGUUUCUAGACACCUAGGCGAGUAUUCAAAAUCACUUUUAUAUUACGAAAAAUCACUGGAUAUUUACAAGAAAAUUCUCUCUCCGAAUGAUCCCAACUUGGCUUCUUCCUACAACAACAUCGGUAAUGUGUAUCAUAACAUGGGCGACUACUCGAAAGCACUUUCAUCGUAUGAACGAACACUUGAAAUGCAGAAGAUAGCUCUCCCUCCGAAUCAUCCCAACUUGGCUACUUCUUACAACAACAUCGGUUCGGUGUAUAAUAGCAUGGGCAAGUAUUCGAAAGCACUUUCAUCGUAUGAACGAUCACUUGAAAUCCGUAAAAUAGCUCUCCCUCCGAAUCAUCCCGACUUCACUCAAUCUUACAACAACAUCGGUUCUGCGUAUUGUAACAUGGGCGAGUACUCAAAAGCACUUUCAUCGUACGAACGAUCGCUUGAAAUCCAGAAAAUAGCUCUCCCUCCGAAUCAUCCCGACUUGGCUGGUUCCUACAACAACAUCGGCGAAGUAUAUAGAAACAUGGGCGAAUACUCAAAAGCACUUUCAUCGUAUGAACGAUCACUUGAAAUCUGGAAAAUAGCUCUCCCUCCGAAUCAUCCCAACUUGGCUGCUUCCUACCACAACAUCGGGUUGGUGUAUAAUAACAUGGGCGAGUACUCGAAAGCACUUUCAUCGCACGAACGAUCACUUGAAAUCCGUAAAAUAGCUCUCCCUCCGAAUCAUCCCGACUUGGCCACUUCCUACAACGGUAUUGGUUUGGCCUACGAUAAGAUGCGAGAGUAUUCGAAAGCACUUUCAUACUUUGAAAAAGCACGUGGUAUUUGGGAAAAGGCUCUCCCUUCGAAUCAUUGGUAUAUUUCACAUGUAAAAGGAAACAUUGAAAAUGUGAAAAAGAAAAUGUAA